GAUAAAUAAUCAAUUUUAUUAAUUAACUAAAUUUUGUAUAGAAUUUAGGAUAAUAUUGGGCCAGAGUGUUCGCCCGCAAAGAGACCAUAGGUCUUGCAAGUCUACAAGUCAGGGCUUUGGCACUACCGACCUGGAGCUCAGACUUCCAAAGAAACGACGUGUGUUUUACUUCCUCUUUGGAUUCCCAUUCCACCCUCACAGAAUCCCCAAAACUACAGCGAGAUUUCACUUCAUUAACACCAAACGCGUGGCAACACAUACCAAUCAGGACCCAAUAAAUUUCCACGUGGCAAAACUAGAUGGAGAGUUCCGUCGACGCGUUUCCGCGCGCGGGUCACUGACCGAAGCGUCGAUGGCUGAAACUUCACACAACCCACAUACUCCCCGACUAGAGUCACAGUCACUGCGUCAGAAUCCUGCAAAGAAAAAGGACGGUAACGGGCAAAUCAAUCAAACAGUAGCUUUGCAUAAAGCUUAGAAGUUGCCAACUCGGGAGGAAAAUUUCUCAGAUUGUUUCCGUCAAUGGCAAGGAUCGAAGAGGUGGGACCAGAAACACCGGUUACGCCUCCAGCUUCGUCGUCGCCACCGUCUUCCUACAUGUUCCUCCUGAGGAUCAUGAGCAAGAGGAGAACCUGGGCGUGUAUUUUCGUGCUUGUGUACGGCAUCCUGCUCGUCUGUUCGUGGAAUUUCCUGAAAUCGAUGCUUUCCUGGUACAAUUUAGAGGCAGAGUCUUCGAGUUCUAGCUGGCCGGCGCUUUACGCGUCGGUGCUUCUCGGAGUUAUGUUCGGGGUGAUCUCGAUGGCGGCGGCUCUGGCGGUGAUGGUGCCGGCCGUGUUGGUGACGUGGAUCACGGUGGUGGUGUUGCUGGCGUUCUUCGGGAAGCCGAGAAAGACUUUGGUGGUGGAAGGCAGGAAGAUCACGAAGGAGAUCUUGAGUUUCGUGAUAAGGGUUCUGCUGAAGGAAGGGAAUGUGGUGGCCGCACUGUGUGCCGUUUUGGGGUAUUUUGCUCUGGUCAGAAGGAACAGUGAUGACUGAUUGAAAGAGAGAAGAGAAGAAGCGGGUGGUUGGUGGGUUCAGUUUGGUAAAGUGUCAUUGUGUCGUUUUCGACAUCACGCGGUCGUUUUGCUGCAGCUGUAGAUUAAGCAAUGAAAUGGGCGAAUUUGUGGAGCAAAGCUAGUUAAUUAAGUCUCUGUGUAAACUAUAUGAUUCCUUCGAAAAUGGAAUUUUAGUGUUAAGGUGUAGUUGUGAAUCCAAACAACCACCGACAUGGUUGUAUGAGAUUGAAUUGAAUUGAACAGUUUGCUUGGAUUGUAAGCUAAAUGGGGUUUGGAAA